CCAACCUCACUUUUUUUGAUCAGCGGACACGAUUUUCCAUAGGUUGGCCAAAAACUUUGGAAAUUUCGAGUGUAAUUUUGCUAAACACCACGAAAUAUGUCUGCUUCGCAGUUGUUUAACCGAAUUGGUCAAGUAGGUUUAGGUAUUGCUUUGGUUGGGGGAGUUGUAAAUUCGGCAUUGUACAAUGUUGAUGGGGGACAUAGAGCAGUAAUUUUUGACCGAUUUGCUGGUAUUAAAAAGCAAGUAAUUGGAGAAGGAACCCACUUUUUUGUUCCUUGGGUACAGAGACCCAUUAUUUUUGAUGUUAGGUCUAGACCCAGAAAUGUGCCAGUUGUCACAGGAAGUAAAGAUCUCCAAAAUGUCAAUAUCACACUUCGUAUUUUAUUCCGACCAGUACCAGAUCAGUUACCAAAAAUUUACACCGUACUUGGCCAAGACUAUGAGGAAAGAGUUUUACCGUCUAUAACAACUGAAGUUUUAAAGGCUGUGGUUGCUCAAUUUGAUGCCGGUGAAUUAAUUACUCAGAGAGAUUUAGUAUCGCAAAAAGUUAGUGACGAUUUAACUGAAAGAGCAUCCCAGUUUGGGGUUAUUUUAGAUGAUAUUUCAAUUACACACUUGACAUUUGGACGAGAGUUUACUCUCGCUGUUGAAUUAAAACAAGUGGCGCAACAAGAAGCUGAAAAGGCCAGAUUUUUGGUGGAAAAGGCCGAGCAAACUAAAAAAGCCACAGUAAUAUCCGCCGAGGGCGAUGCACAGGCUGCUACAUUAUUAGCCAAGGCUUUCGGCGACGCCGGCGAGGGCUUAGUAGAACUUAGGAGAAUUGAAGCCGCAGAAGAUAUCGCUUACCAACUUUCAAGAUCAAGACAGGUCUCAUAUUUACCUGGUGGGCAAAAUUUACUUCUCAAUGUUCCAACUCCGGGCAAUUAA